AUGCUGAACUACAAUAUGUCGGCGUACUUGACGAAAUUUUCUUUCUGAUAGAACGACCUUCCACUGAACUAAUCCAGGAUGCGUAUCCCAGUUCGAUCACAGAGGAAUAGGAAAAUAUUUGUCUACGCUGCAAUCGCUUGUAGUCUGGGCUAUUACUUUUCCCCGGCUCUCGACCUCGGUAUAAUAAAACCUCUCAUGAUAAAAUACGGUCUACGGGAGGAUGCCCCCGAAAAGAGAACCGUUCCAAGACCAGCACUCUAUCCCUUUCUCGGAUCACCCCAAGAAUUCAGCCUCAAGAAUAAUGAAGCGAAGAAAGAAAAUUAGUCAACAUCUGUUUAUGUAGAAGAGAUCAGUUGAGAUGACAUCAUUCAAGAUGGCUAUGGAGUACACAUGUAACAGUAGUAACCUUAUUGAAAAGCAUGAAAAAAUGACUUUGUCAGAUUUAUUAAAUUGCUUCAGUGAAAUGAGACAAAGAGAUGAAAUAGCAGCUGAAAUGGAAAGAGAGAAGAGCCAAGCUUUUCUCAGUAGUUCUGAUUUCUUUAAUCAUCUGUCACUGGAGAUCAUAUGUCAUGUACUGAAUUACCUCCCUUUGCGAGAUGUGCUAAAAAUGGAGCAACAGUGUAAGAAGAUUCAGAAGGCUGUUUCAAUGCAUCUCAAAGUUAGGAAGUCAAUUGAUUUUACUGAAGGGGAAAUAUAUGGGUGGAUUCCUGCAAGUCUGAAUGAUUCCAUGCUGGCCAAGCUGAUAUCAAGAUGUGUGGAACUUGUGUCAAUAUAUGGUUUUCACUCACAGCUGAUUCUCAAGAGAAGACAACGAGGUGCUGACAUGUUGACUAUUCCAGGAAUUAUUGCAGCCUUGUCAUCAGCCAAAUUGAAAGCUGUGGAAGUGUCUGAUAUCAACCUCAUGGAGGCUAUCUUGAAUUAUCUUCCACGCUUGGAAAUUCUGGGAAUAUUCAAAAACAGAAAUGCUGCAUUUCCAAUCAAUCCAUCUAAUAAACUUACUCUGACAUCUAACCCAAGGAUUACGUCCCUUCAUUUGUCUGGAGUUGUGAUUUCAGAACUACCUCGUAUGAGUCAUGUGAAGCAUAUUUAUCUCCGUUGGGUAAAAAUCACACAUUCACAUCCAUUCCGUGACUUCGCAGUUCCAAGCCUGCAGAGUUUUGUCAUGUCCAACUGUGCAGGUCCUUCCAGUACAUUGAAGUAUGUGCCCCUGAUAACAGGCCUGGCUGCAGCAAGGUCUCUCACCCGGCUAGAGCUAGUCAGAGUUCCAUUUCUAGGAGGGCUGAUACAGCACAUUGUGGAGGACAGCUGGCGAGUCAGUGGCUUCUCCCAGCUGCAGACUGUCAUGUUCGGAGCCUGCAAACAUGCACAGGAAGUUGACCUCGGCUACCUCAUGAUCACAGCUGCCCAUUGCCUAGAGGAGUUGAGCAUCCAGCCUUCUCUCACGAAGGACAGUUUGUUUGCUGCCAUCAAGAUGGCCGACGUCACAUUCCCAGUCUUUGAGACUCUACAUCUGGGUUAUGUGGACCCCUUCCCAGAGGCGGGCAAGUGGAACCAGGAUGACCUGGUGAUGAUCCACGGCCUGGCUGAGGUUUCUGAGAACCCUGCAAUGAUCACUGAUAUUGGGAUGAAGGCCAUUGGCCAGUGCUUUUCCUUCCUCCGCAACCUGGAGAUCUACAACUGCCCGCACCUCCAUUUCCCAAUGUCGUGGUUCACUUCAGGUGCAGAGAGUCUGAGUCACCUACGACACCUUCAUCUCCGCCGCUGUCACGCUCUCCGACUCCAAGACUUCUGCCACUUCAUUGAACACCUGCCUCAGCUUGAGCUACUGCACUUAGAGUUCAUGUUCAGGGAGCCACCUAAAGGAUGUGCGAGAGUGGGCCUGAGUGCUGGUACUGGGUUGGGUGUAUCCUCAGCUCUUGUCCAGAACAACGGCAAUGACGCUGGUAACCUCGAUGGUGGGAAUCACAACAAUGAUGAUGGGGACCUUAACCAGGAUGGUAACAAUAACAAUGCAGAUGCCGGGGCCAUGGCUGCUAAUGGAGGGGACAUUAACAACAAUGAACCGCCCAAUCAAAAUCCAGAUAACAUUGAACCCCACAUUGAUCUAGAUGAUGAUCCAUUGGAUGAGGAUGAUGAAUUUGAUGAUUUUUCUGAUAAUGGAGAUGAUCUAGAUUUUGACGGAUUGAGUGGUGAUGAAGAAAACAUUGACAUGGCCAAUCACAUUGGGGAUGACAUUCGAAUAUUGUCAGUGGUAGCCAAUGAGGGAUCGGGUAACAGAUCCCAUGAGGAAGAAGAGCACCCGGAGACCAGCAAGAAAGCCAGUCAGUCCAAAAUCAAGCCACCUGAAAAGGAUGACAGCAAGCCAGGAUCAAGCAAAGAAGAUGUGAACAACCCACAGCCAAGCACAAGUCGAGUCUAUUGUGGCGGAAUGCCUUCAGGAAGCUGUAUGAAAAGAGAAGUAAAUAUUGUCCCUUCUGUUGAUUCAAGGUCAACUUGUCAGCUUGUUGAUAUUGACAUCGGUAAUGGCAGUGAUACAGAUAUAGAAUGUCCAGCAGACGGCAAGAUCAAGGUGAAGGUUGAAUGUAACAGCACCAUUGAACUUCGAUCCAAGGAUGACGCUCUGGUUACUGAACCAAAGUUUGUGUCCUCAUCUUCUUUGUCUGGAGCCCAGAGAGACCUAGGUGAGGCAUGUCCCAGUACGUCACGAGCGUCAGGUACAAUGUGUGCUGCUUCACAGGGAACUAAAGCAUCUUCCAGUGGCACGUCUGAUUGUGUUCAAGGAAUCAAGGCAAAUUCAAAACACACAUCUGCCACGGGUGAGGAAGUCAAGGAGACCACCAGUUGCAUGUCUGCUAGUGUACAAGAAGUCAAGGCAACAACCAGUGCCACAACUAGCUGUGUUCAAAGGAUCCAGGCAACCUCCAGUGCCACGUCUGCUCAUGUUCAAGGAACCAAGGAAACUGCUAGUGCCACAUCUGCAAGUGUUCAAGUUUUCAAGGACAAAAAGAAAAAUCAGAAUCCAAGUGUAAAAAAUGAAAAGCCGUGUAGUAGUGUUCCCUGCAAAUCUGCAGGGAGUGUUCAUGCUGCUGACAAAAAUGCAACUGAAGUAAAAGAAACAGAAGAACACAUUUGUAGCCCAGCUAAAAAGAAGAAGAAAACUUGUUCUAAGAACAAGGAUGAACAUAUUGAUAAAAGAAGUGACAAGUCACAUUCAGACUGCAGGGGCAAAUGUGAAUAUGCAGAUCAUGCUUCUUGUUGCUCAAAGUGGGCGAGACCAUCAGAGCAAGAUUGUCAUAAGACUACUGAACAGCACUGUUCAAAGGACCGCCAUAUAGAUUCGCCUAUUGCUCCACCUAGUGCUCCAACCUCCAGUACUGCAGGCAGACAGCAUGGGAGGACUUGUAGCCAUCUUGAAUCAUCUCAACCUGUAGCUUCUUCAUCUGGUGUAGUGAAAUCAUCGUCAGCCAAUUCACAUGUUGAUCUCAUUAGAAAGAAACCUGUUUCAAACUUACCAAAAUCAGUGAAUCGAAGGACUGCCUCUUGUUCUGUAUCUGACUCUGCUACAAAUAGGAAGAAGUGUUCAGAGACAAAAGGGAAGAUGUCACAUUCGACACACAGUAAGCUUGGUAAAUCCAGUUCUUCCAGUCAGCGUGAACCAACAGGCGAUACAACAGAGAGUUCCAGUGAUGAGAGUUCAGUGAAUGAAACUGUGGACAAUACUGAAAUAGUUCGAAAGAAGAAACAGCCAGUUGAUAACAAGAAGACAAGCUCACAAACCAGUUCCCCUGAACCCAGUACAUCGAAAAACUCUUGGGACAAAGCUUCCGUCGAAAGUGAACCUGACAAUCGUACAGUAGAUGAGUUUCUAGAUGACAUUGCUAAAGACUAUCACAAUGACCUGUCUGCCUCCAAAAUAGCAGGUGAUGACAACAUGUAUCUGUUUACUCCAGAGGAAGUGGAGGCAAUGGACUUUGGGAAGGAGAACCCUGGUGAAGAAGACAAAGAUGAUGACACAAAGGGUUACAACAUGAGGCCAAGGAAACGGGGGAAGAGUCUCACUGGGAAAAAGAAAGGUCUUGUGAAAAAAACGAAGGAAGCUUGACAAUUCGUGAAGGCAAAUCCAAAUAUGCAUGAUAAAUGCUGUCAGGCAGUCAGUGAUGAAAUACGUGAAACAACCAAGCGUGCCAAAGAGCAAGAAGAGGCUCGACAAGGAGCUGCUUCAGCUCCUAGUUCGAAGGGAGGCAACUGCUGUGGGAAAAGGACAACCAAAAAUAGAUCAGUUGUGCAUGAGAGUGUAUCCAGUUCCAGGGAUGAGGCACAGAGGUUGAAACUGGGACUGCGGAAGAAAACCAACAUGUGUGAUAAGGCUACAAGCACGAGUGACCCAGUCAUAGAGGAUGACCAUAUUCAGGUGCUGUCUCUGAGAUCCAAGAGUCUGUUGUGUGUCACGCUUCACAUGGUUGGGGUGACUGACGUCAUCAUUGAUGAGUGUCCAAACCUCAAGCUACUCCGAGGAAGUGCUUGUCGUGUGCUGAAGAAAGUGACAGUAGGUGGGGCUCCCAAGUUGUCUAAGGUGUCAUUUGCCCAGUGUCGGAAGAUCGAUGAGAUGCACCUUGUCAAUGAAGUCUGUGAUCAGAUCAGCAUGACCAACAGAGUGAUUUUCCUUCGGCCCAUGAGACAGUUUGACAUGUUUGCCUUUGAGAACAUGCUAUUCUGCCAACCUGACAUCGACUACCACCUGUGUGUCAUCUACGACUACAGCCCCGAUCCCACCCACACCAUGUACAACCACGCCCGCGUGGCCACAUGGCUUGACCUGUUUAGUGGCACCAACAUGGAGCUGUUGCGGUUUAUGGAUUUUGAACAAGCCAAGAACUUCCCAGUGGAUGAUGACGAUGAAGAGAAAAAAUGCUACAGAAAUGCCUACAUCUUGCAUGGCUACAACGACAAUGGCAGCAAGUGGACGCUGUCGACAGACAUCCCCUGGCUUGAUCACCUGAGUCAGUGUCCGGACAUCGACAGCCCCGACCUUCAUCCUGAUGAUUAUAAAGAGGGAAUCUACUGUCCCAGACGGAAGGGCCACCAUGUGAUGACGGAUUGCCUCAUGGACCUACAGGACGUCAUCUCCGAGAUGAGACACAAAAGCGUCAGUCUCUAUUGCUACUCUGUCAUCGUUUAUGUUAACAUGUGUGACGUCACAGGAACACCCACUCCUGACAUGUACCUGUAACCAUGGUAACCAUCUGAUGCUAACAUCAUGCAAGAACAUGAAACUGACAAGUACUCUGGGAUGUGCUUCUCUAGCAUGAUCAUCGGUGGAGCCAUAUGAAAGACUCAUCAUCUCGCUGACAACAGACGGUGCCUACAUUGUUGGAUGAUGUAACCCUUCAGUAACAGCACGUGUACCAUUCCUUACAACACUGAAAAUGAGGGAAAUGACUCACCCAGUAAACAUGGUAACCUGCAUGUCAGGAAUCUGCUGUGAUAACUGUCAAAUAAGACUCUUUGAAGUGGGAAAAUCUCUUUUGUGUUUCUUUGUCAUUGACCUAAGAAAAGGAUUUCUAAUCCAUUAAACAGGAUUUCAUGUAGGUCUCUCUGAUACAGUUGAUGAUGUAUAAAUUGAUAAGUCAAAUUAAAACUGACUUGGUUGAUGCAUGUCAUCAUACUUCAGUUGCAUAGGUCGGGGCUCAUGGUGUGAGGGGCGGUGGGGUAGCCUAAUGGUUAAAGCGUUGGCUCGUCACGCCGAAGACCCGGGUUCGAAUCCCCAC